ACACAUUACGCUCCUUUAGUCAGUGCUUUGGAGGCCACGAAGCAACCUCUAAGAAAGACGAACGAAUCGACGACGCGUUUGUGCGACGGGACGACCCAAGUGUACACGCGAUAACGCGAAGUGUGUGUGGUGAAGUGAAGUGCUGAGCUGUUGAUCGGCUUCUGCACCCUUUUGAAGAAGGCCGGGUUAAUGUCCUCGUUUUCGGGAUAAUCAAAACACAGAAAGCAUGGGAGUGGCGGAAGAUUUCGCUCCCAGCUUCACCCAAAAACCACAACUAAGACAAGAAGAUGAUGGCAAUAAACUUAUUUUCGAAUGUCAGUUAUUGUCAAAUCCAAAACCAGAUAUCCAAUGGUUCCGAAGCGACACGCUAUUAUCCGAAGACAGUAGAACUAAUUUCAAAAUACAGAAUGUAGGAGCUAACAAGUUUCUUGUGGUUCUUGAGCUUGACGAUGUUAUCGAAACAGAUGCCGGCCUUUACAAGGUCAAAGCGAAGAACAAAAUGGGAGAAGUUGCAGCUUCCAUCAACCUCAACUUCAGCCCUAUGGACGAACCAAAAGAAAAACAAAUCGACGGUCUUGCACCAACGUUCGCGAAGAAACCGAGUAUUCGGCAGGAGGAAGAUGGCAAAAGACUUCUUUUCGAAUGUCGAAUUCAGGCAGAUCCACGCCCAACCGUCAGUUGGUUCCACAAUGCCAACCCCGUACAUGAAACGCCACGUCACAAGUUGAGGAUAGACAAAGAUGGACACUCGUACUUUGCAACCCUUGAGAUUAAAAAUGUCACGGUUGAGGAUGCUGGCAAAUACAAGGUGACUGCAAAGAAUGAGUUGGGCGAAAGCAACGCAACGAUCAGCCUCAACUUCGACAGCGAUGAGGCUCCCGUGCCAGACAAUGGCAUCAAACCGACGUUCACAGAGCGACCUGUUAUCCGACAGACUGAUGACGGUAGCAAGAUCAUCUUCGAAUGCAGGUGCGUCGGGGACCCCAAACCUGUACUCCAAUGGUUCCACGGCAAAGAAGAGAUUCAAGAGAACAGUCGAUACCUAAUUUCCAUGGUUGAAGAUCAAAAACUCUAUUUUAUAGCGCGACUCGAAAUCAACAACGUUAAAAACACGGAUAGAGGAGAAUAUCGGGCGGUAGCGAAAAACGUUUACGGACAAGGAGUUGCCACCAUCAACCUCAAUUUUGAGGGGGCCACCAAGCCCAAAAUUCCGGACGGAAAGCCGCCUCGCUUCCCUAAGAAACCGACCAUAAGGCAGGAAGGCGAUGUCCUAGUGAUGGAAUGUCUUCUAGAAGCCAACCCAGAUCCAGAUAUUACAUGGUAUCAAGGCGAACAAAGUAUUGCAGAUAGUUCGAGAGUACGCAUGCUUCGGAAAACUACUGCCAAAGAUACAUAUCUGCUUACAUUAGAAAUAUCAAACCCUACACGCCAAGACGGGGGACACUAUAGAUGUAACGCUUUCAAUGUUUACGGUGAAAGCAAUGCAAACAUAGCGCUAAACUUCCAAGGUGGAGACAAUGCUGCUGGUUUUGCACCUUCCUUCAUCGAAAAACCCAAAAUUAUUCCAAACGAAAGCGGAACACUUAUUACCAUGAAAUGUAAAUGUAAAGCGAAACCUAAACCUGAAGUUACUUGGUUCCGUGGAACCACCGUUGUCAAAGAGUCUUCUAAAAUCACAAUCAAAACUCUAGAUGUAGAAGAAGACAUUUACGAACUUUCCCUCGAAAUCAAGGACCCCUCCGGACCCGACGGGGGUACUUACAGGUGCCACGUCAAGAACGAGUUCGGUGAGAGUAACGCCAAUCUUAAUCUCAAUAUAGAAGCCGAACCGGAACCGGAAGGCGACGGACCCACGUUCGUGGAAAAACCAAGAAUAACUUCGCACCAAGGAGGAAAGUUAGUAAUCAUGGAAUGUAAAGUUCGCGCUAACCCAAAACCGACGAUCGUGUGGUAUCGUGAAGGUAAACAAGUCACAGAAUCGUCCAAAAUUAAAAUAAGCUUCGAAAAAGUAGAAGAAGAUAUCUAUUACAUUAAACUCGAACUUAAAGACCCCGGAACCGAAGAUUCCGGUUUAUAUAAAUGCAACAUUAAAAACAAUUUAGGUGAACUCAACGCCAACCUCACACUCAACAUCGAGAUUAUACCCGUCAUUAAAGAAAAACCGAAGGUUAUUAAAAUUAUCAAAAAGAGAACUGUCGUCGUUGAAUGUAAAGUUCUCAGUAAAUUCGCACCGGAUUGCACUUGGUUUAAAGAAACUGCCGCCGUUAGAGAAGAUUCUCGGCACAAAGUUCUCGUUGAACAAGUCAAAGAUGGAGAAUUCGCGAUCAAACUUGAAAUUUCAGAAGUCAGCAAAACUGAUAAAGGUUUGUAUAAAUUAGUAGCAAAGAACGAAAAAGGUGAAGCGACAUCACAAACGGUUGAGGUAACGGAAUUACCUCCCGAGGAGAAACCGAAAGGCGAAAAACCAAAACUCACAAGACUUACUAAUGUCAAUAUCGAAGAAGGCAAGUCGGCCGAUUUUGUUUCUUCGCUCAAAGUUACCGACAAGACCGUCACGAUCACUUGGUACAAGAAUACGACGGUUAUUAGAGAGUCUUCAGACAUUAGAAUUUCGUUUGACGGUUCCACGGCACAUCUCAGUAUUUCUAAAUGUAAAGUUUCACAUUCAGCCACAUACAAAAUCGUAGCCAAGAACGAAUUCGGAGAGGACGAAACCUCCGCUGUUCUAACUGUCACAGAGAAGAAAGAGGAAAAGAAACGCGAAGAAGAAGAAGAAGAAGAAGAAGAAGAAGAAAUAGUAGAAAGCAGUAGUGGCGAAGAAAUUGAAGAAGAAAUUGAGGAAACUGACACUAAACAAAUAACACGAAAAGACGAAAUAAAACCAAAGAAACAAGAAGAAGAAAAAGUCGAAAAGAAAGUGGAGAAGAAGGUAGAAAAGAAAGAGGAAAAGAAGGAAGAAGUUAAGAAAGUUGAAAAGAAAGAGGAAGUCAAAAAAGUUGAAAAGAAGGAGGACGCUAAGAAAGUUAACGAUGUUGCUAAAAAUGCCGUUGAGAAAAUUGAGGAAACGAAACUCAUGGCCAAAAAGGGUGAAAGGAAAGCCUCAGUGCAAAAGAUUGAAGAAAUCAAAAGCGAGUCUCGUAGAAGCUCGAUCGUGGAAACCAGAGAACAGAUUAUUCAGGAUGGUGAAAAGAUUUCUAGUCGUAAAUCUUCCGUAUCCCAGAUUGAACAAGAAUCUAAAACUGAAAGGAAAUCUUCUGUAGCAGAAGAGAAAAAGAAAAAGGUACAAACUAAGAAAAUGGAGUCGACAGCUGAAACGACACCAACAAACAAUAUAGAAGAAAAACCACUUGACACUAAAAAACCAGAGACCAAACUGGCUCCUACCAAGGAGCCCGUGAAACCCGUUGACACAAAAACAAAACCAGAACCAUCCAAAACAGAGCCCGACAAGAAACCAGACCUCAAACAAACAGAACCCGUUAAGAGACCGAGUCUCAAAAAACCAGAACCAAAACCAGAACCAGAACCCGAACCGAAACCCCAACUCAAAAAAGUUGAUCUUGGGAAAAAGGUAACGGACACUAAAAAACCAGAGCCAAAACUCUUAGAACCAAAACCCACUGACAAAAAACCCGAGCUUAAAACACCCGAAAUUAUUGUCCCCGAGGAAGCUAGACGCCAACCUACUGUGAAGCCUAAAUACGAUCCUUUGAAAUUUGUCGAAGAGGAGGAAGUGCCGAUACCCGCCGUCACCGCCCCACCAAAACCGCCCGUGAAAGUACCUAAGUAUGACCCCAUGAGAUUUGUUGAGGAGAAAGAGGUGCAGGAAACUCCUCCUGUCAGCGCUGCACCAAAGCGUAUGGUACCUAGAUAUGAUCCCAUGCGAUUUGUGGAAGAGGAAGAGGAAGAAGAAGAAGACGAACCACCAACUGCCGCGACACCAGUGGUGCCUAGAUACGACCCUAUGAAAUUUGUCGAAGACAAAGAGGUGCGAAUUAUCCCAACAAUCAACAUUCCCGACGAGAACGACGCGAAUGAGGAAAAGACAAACGAAAAGGUUCAGCUAAAGCCAAGUGAUGAGACAGUUAAGCGACGAAUUCCUCCUAGAGCAGAGGUCAAAAAAGAUAGUUUCUUGUCCAUUCAAUUGAAACCUGUUUCAAAAGAAGCCAAAGAAGCAGAGAAGGCAAAACUAGAAGUUGAUUUGAAGAAAACUGGCGAAAAAGAAAAAAAGACCGUCACCAAGAAAGGUGCGAAAGCAGAGAAGAGUGACGAUCUCGACGCUUGGAUGAACAUCCCCGACUAUGAGAGACCAGUUUUGGAAAAAUAUGAACCUAACGCACCUCCAGAAUUCGCUGGUCGCGAAAAAACCAAACUCUCCAAGGAUAAACCGAGUGUUCCUCAAAUCAAAACACCAGAAGCACCUAAGAUAGCUGUCGUGAAAGAAAGAACACCUGAACCGAAGAAAGAGAGAACUCCUGAACCCAGGAAACAGUCUUUGGAACCCAGCGGACCUUCGAGCCGCCGGGGAUCGUUGAUUCCUCCUGAGGCUAUGGGCCGUAGGGCCAGUCUCAUCAUCUCAGACGAGGAACAUAGGAAACUCCGACCUGGAGAGGUCGUGGAGGAAAAAAAGGGAGGAAAAUUGCGUCCCGGUGAAGUACUCGAUUCUAAGCGCCGCCGUCCAAGUGGAGACGUCCGAAGACCCAGUAUUCAAGACAUGGAAGGUCUCAUUGACAAGCCUUCAACUCCACUUAGAGGUGUAGGCCCAGCAGGACCGCCCAGUAUCGUAGACAUACAAGAAAGCUAUUCUGCCGUUGAAGAUCAAGUCGCAUAUCUCAAUGUUGGCAUUGAAGGUGAACCUCCACCAACGUUCAAAUUUUAUAAAGGCAUGACCGAAAUUAUCGAAGGGGGUAGAUUUAAGUUCCUUACAGAAGGUGACACUAAUACGAUCACUUUGUGCAUCCGUAAAGUCAAGCCUAACGAUGAAGGCCAGUACAGAAUCGUUAUUUCUAACAUUCAUGGUGAAGAUUCUGCCGACAUGCAGCUUUAUGUGUCCGAUUCUAGUGGUAUGGACUUCCGUGCCAUGUUGAAAAAGAGGAAAUAUGCUAAAUGGGGCCAAGAUAAGGAGGAUCCCGACUGGGGAGAGCUCAAAGAAACUGAGAAACCUCUGCCGCCCCUUAAGAAAGUCGAAAAGAAAGUGGAAUCUUUCUUGAAGCCACUCGUCGACAAAUAUGCCAAAGAAGGAAAAGAUAAAAAAGUUGUGUUUGAGGCUGGUUUCUCAAAACCAAAUUGCAAACCAAAAUGGCUAUUCAGAAAAGACGAAUUGUUCCAAGGCGCCAAAUACAAAUUCAAGAACGAAAACGAAAUCUAUCAACUCAUAAUCAUGAACCCUAAAGUAGAAGAUACAGGAAAGUACUCCAUCGAAAUCGGUGGCGUUGCCUGUACCGCUUUCCUCAACGUCGACGAGCCUGAUCCGUCAUACACUUUCACGAAACCGCUGAAGAAGAAGUACGACGGUUUCACCAAGCACGAAAUCCAACUGGAAUGUACGGUCAGUAGCAGCUUAGCUAUAGUAGGUUGGUACAAAAGUACCACUAAACUCGAGGAUGGAGACAAGUACGGCAUUUCAAAAGACAUCAAUGGUGUAUGCCGUCUCACUAUCAAGUACGGUGAUUUCGACGACGCCGGAGAAUACUCCUGCAAACUCGAAAAACAAACAGAAAAGACCACCACGAGCUUAAAUGUCGUAGAAUAUCCCUACAAGUUCGUCAAGGUACUCAAACACCAACAACAUGUGGAAAAAGAGAACAUCACCUUCAUUUGCGAGCUUGACGACGCCGGAGGUGAGGUAAAAUGGUUCAAGGGCGAACAAGAAAUCAAACCGGACAAGAGAGUCAACAUCACCAAAGAUGGACGAAAAUGUAAGAUGGUGAUUAAAGAUGCGAAGGUCACCGACGCUGGAAUGUAUUCCUGCGUGACCAACGCUGACAAAACUGAAGCCGAGCUCGUUGUCAACUAUUUGAACAGAUUCAAUAAGAAACUGAAGGACACUGAAGCGGUAGAAAGAGAGAAGCUCGUCUUAGAUAUAGAACUGCAAGAUCAGACGGCUCCAGCCGUUUGGACUUUCAACGGAAAACCAAUCGAACCCUCUGAUAGAAUCGAAAUCAAAAAUCUAGGUGGAGGCAAACAUCAGCUCAUCUUCCACCACCUCUCAAUGGAAGAUGAUGGUGAAAUCAUGUGCGAGUCCGGAAAACUGACGUCAUCUAUGAAACUCAGCGUAAAGAAAGGAGAAAGUAGACCUAUUAUUGACUUCCCAGAUAAAUUUGAAGCACCUGCAAGUAGACCUAUCACACUUCAAGUACCAUACAAAGUUUCUGGAACCAAACAAACUCAAGUCGAAGCUAAGCUUGUUAAAGACGGUAAAGUACUUCCAUUGAAGGAAGUUGAAGUAGUGGUACGCGACGAAGAAGUCACGUUCAAAAUUAAAAAACCAUCAAGGGAAUUGUCUGGGUUGUACCAAAUUAAGUUGUCUAAUGGUCAAGGUGAAGACGUUAAAGAUGUAAAGAUCGUUAUGCAAGAUGUACCUUCUGCUCCUCUUGACGUUAAUGUUACCGAUGUGUUCCAAACAUCUUGUCAAGUGUCAUGGAAACCGUCCAAAGAUGACGGUGGUUCUCCUCUUCUACAUUACGUGGUUGAAAGACAAGAUAUUAGUUUGAAGGCUGGUUGGGAAAAUGUUGGACAAGUGUCACCAAAUGAAAAAACUACAUACAAAGUUGAAGGGUUAACACCAAAAAAAGAAUACAAAUUCCGUAUACGUGCCGUGAACAAGCUUGGUACCAGCGAACCUGCACUAUUCGGCAAACCAAUACUUGCAAAAGAUCCUUGGGAUGAACCAAGUAAACCUAAAGAUGUUCAAGUUGUUGAUUGGGACAAAGAUCACGCUGAUCUUAAAUGGAGUAAGCCCGACAACGACGGUGGUGCACCUAUCACUAGCUACAUCAUCGAAGUCAAGGAAAAAUUCGGAAAGGAGUGGUCUAAAGGUAUCGAAGUACCCGGAGAUCAACUUUCCGGAACCGUACCAGGAUUGAAGGAAAAUAGCCAGUACGAGUUUAGAGUAAGAGCUGUUAACAAAGCCGGCCCUGGUGAACCUAGCGAUACCACGAAACCGAUCAUCGCUAAAUGCAGAUUCGUUAAACCGUUCAUCAUUGGAAACGAUCUCAUUCCUAUUAUCGUGAAAAAGGGCCAAACUGUCAAAUACGAUAUCAAAUAUGGCGGUGAACCCGAACCAGAAGUUAAAUGGAUGUUAGACCAAACAGAAAUCAAGCAAGACGCAGAAGAAAGAAUAACCAUCGACAAAUACGAACGCAAUACCGUAAUAACAGUCCGAAGAUGUACUAGAAUAGACAGCGGCAAAUACCGCUUAGUCCUUACCAACAGUUCAGGAACCUGCGAAGGUACGGCCGAAGUCGUAGUCCUAGACAAACCAACACCUCCGAAAGGUCCUCUCAAGAUUGAUGAAGUCCGCGCCACACACGUCAAAGUUGGAUGGCAAAAACCAGAAGACACUGGUGGUACCGAACUCACCGGUUACGUCCUUGAAAAAAUGGACAUGGAGACUGGCAGAUGGAUACCUGCCGGUGAAGUGGGUCCCAACGAAAACUCAUUCACCUUCAAGGGACUUACUCCAAAGAAGAAGUAUAAGUUUAGAGUUAGAGCUAAAAACAAGGAAGGCGAAUCUGAACCUCUGGAAACAUUUGACGCUAUUAUGGCUAAGAAUCCAUACGAUGAGCCUGGAGCGCCUGGUAAACCCGAAAUUAUUGAUUACGAUAAUAAGAGUGUCACACUUAAGUGGGCCAAGCCUGAUAAUGACGGUGGACGUCCUAUCAGCCACUACACAAUUGAAAUGAAAGACAAAUUCUCACCAGACUGGACGGAAGUCACUAAGACCGAAGACAGCAAUCCUGAAUGCAUUGUAGAAAACUUGAAAGAAAACAUGGUGUAUCAGUUUAGGGUGCGUGCGCAUAACAAAGCCGGGCCUUCCAAACCUUCGGAAGCAACCGACAACCAUCUCUGCAAACACAGAAAUCUGAAACCUCGUAUCGACAGAGAAACAUUCAAGUCGAUUGUUAUUAAGGCCGGUCGUACCCACAAAUGGUCUGUUGAUAUUACCGGUGAACCUCCGCCGGAAGUUAAAUGGGUUUGGAGAGACAAUAUUCCUUUAACGAACACCGAAAGAAUCAAAAUCGAGAACAUAGAUUAUCACACAGACUUCACAAUUGUUAAUGCGGCCCGUAGAGAUACCGGAAAAUACACUCUUAUAGCUGAAAACGUAAACGGCAAGGAUACCGAAACCGUAGAACUUACAGUUUUAGGCAAACCUGGCUCGCCUGAGGGUCCUCUCGAGGUGUCCGAUGUCACCGCCGAGAAGGCUAAGAUCGCAUGGAAGAAACCAGAAGAUGAUGGUGGCAGUCCAAUCAAGGAAUACGAAAUCGAAAAAAUGGACAUGGCUACCGGUAAAUGGGUCCGUGUUGGACGUUUACCGGCUGACAGAGUCGGUCCUGACGGUAAACUCGAGUACGACGUCACUGGACUCAAUCCAGGAUCAGAAUACAAAUUCCGCGUCACAGCGGUUAACGCUGAGGGAGAUUCUGAACCUCUAGUUUCAGAUCGUAGCACUCUUGCUAAAAAUCCAUUUGAUGAACCUGGCAAACCGGGUACUCCAGAAAUCGUGGACUAUGAUAAUACAGGGGUCAACCUUAAAUGGGACAAACCACAAAGCGAUGGUGGUGCGCCCAUCGAAAAGUACAUCAUUCAAAAGAAAGAUAAGUAUAAACCUGAUUGGGAAAAGGCUGGUGAAGUACCCGGAGACGCAACUGAAGCUAGAGUGGAAGACCUGAAAGAACGCGGAGAGUACCAGUUCAGAAUUAUCGCUGUUAACAAAGCUGGACCUGGUGAACCGUCUGAUGCUUCUAAAAUGCAGAUCAUUAAACACAGAGCUCUCAAACCAAGAAUCGACAGAACGAAUCUCAAAGCAAUCUGUGUUCGUGCUGGUAAAAUCAUUAAAUACGAUGUGGAUGUCAAAGGUGAACCGCCACCGACAAUCACAUGGUUCCAGAACGACAAGGAAGUCAAAUCCGAAGGAAACAUUGAAAUUAUUAACAUAGACUAUAAUACCAAGAUUACUAUUAAUAAUUCUAUUCGUAAAAAUACUGGUAUUUAUAAAAUCAAAGCGGUCAACGAGCACGGCUCCGAUGAAGCCGAGGUCGAAGUCACCGUACUUUCAUCUCCAUCCAAACCUAAAGGGCCUCUUCAAACCACUGACGUCGUUAAGAACGGUUGCAAACUUAAGUGGGGUAAACCAGAAGAUGAUGGUGGCCGACCAAUAACUGGAUACGUCGUCGAAAAAUUAGAUAAACAAACAGGUCGCUGGGCUCCCGUCGGACGAACAAACGAUACAGAAAUGGACGUCAAAGGCUUACUAGAAGGUCACGAAUACGAUUUCAGAGUCAGAGCUGUAAACGAUGAAGGGGAAUCAGAACCUCUCGAAACCGAUAAAUCAAUCAUUGCGAAGAAUCCAUUCGACGUUCCUGGUAAACCAGGCACGCCCGAAAUCACUGACUGGGACGCGGACCGUGUCGACCUUAAAUGGACCGCACCCAAGAGCACCGGAGGUGCUCCCAUCACCGGUUACGUCAUCGAAAAGAAGGAAAAAUUCUCCACUUCUUGGGAUGAAAUUCUUACUACAGAUUCUCCAGCUACUGAUGCACAAGUACCUGGGCUGAGAGAAGGCAACACUUACCAGUUCCGCGUCCGCGCUAUCAAUAAAGCCGGUCCCGGAGAACCUUCCGAACCGACAGGUCAACAUGUUGCCAAAGCCAGACACUUGCGUCCGCUUAUCAAUCGCGAGAAACUGCAAGCUAUCAGGGUACGCGCAGGCCAGGUUGUCAAGUUUGACGUUGACGUCAAAGGUGAACCUCCACCGAAGAUCACCUGGAGCUUCGCCAACAAACCCUUGGAAUCUGCCGGCAAUAUCAAGAUUGAGAACGAAGAUUACAACACUAAAUUCACUCUCACUGAAACUGAGAGAAAAUGGACCGGUACUUACACCAUCAGAGCUGAAAAUGAAUCGGGCUUCGAUGAAGCCCCUGUGCAAGUAACUAUCUUAGACAAACCCGGUAAACCUGAAGGGCCUCUUGAUAUCACCGGGGUCCACAAAGAAGGUUGCAAGCUCAAAUGGGAGAAACCCAAAGAUGAUGGUGGCUUACCGAUUACCGGAUACGUUGUUGAAAAACAAGACGCGUCUACUGGUCGUUGGGUACCUGCGGGUUUCAUAGACCCCGACAAAACCGAACAUGAAGUUACCGGACUUGAACCAAACAAGAAAUACAGCUUCCGUGUAAAAGCUGUUAAUGAAGAGGGAGAGUCUGAACCGCUAGAAGGCGACAAUCCUAUCAUUGCCAAGAACCCGUACGAUAUUCCAGCUCCUCCAGGACUACCAGAGAUUAUCGACUGGGACGAACAUUCGGUUAAACUUAAAUGGGAAAAACCCGUCAGAGAUGGCGGUGCACCCAUCAGCGGUUACAUUAUUGAAGCGAUGGAUAAAUUUAGUGGUACUUUUGUUAAAGUAGCAGAAGUAGGACCAACCUGCACUGGAAGUGUCAGCAGACUAGAAGAAGGAAAUCAGUACAAAUUCCGUAUUCGCGCUGUAAACAAGGCCGGAACUUCGGAUCCUUCCGAACAAACGAACUGGCACACCGCUAAACCAAGAUUCUUGAAACCUUUGAUUGACCGCACCAACUUGAAAGAUUUGAGCAUCAAAUCUGGUCUCUCUAUUAGCUUAGACAUUAAUAUCGCCGGUGAACCUCCACCGAAGGUCACUUGGUUCUUCGAAGGCAAAGAAAUCGCUUCCAGCGAUGAAAUUAAGAUCGACAAUGUUGACUACAACACGAAAUUCUUUGUACUCCGUGCCAAGCGUACGCAAACCGGAAAAUACACCGUCGUUGCUAAGAACGAAGUCGGCGAAGACAGUGCUGACAUAGAAAUUCAAGUUCUGAGCAAACCUUCUUCACCCAAAGGUCCUCUCGAUGUCACAGACGUUACCAAACACGGAUGCAAACUCAAGUGGAAGAAACCAGAUGACGAUGGUGGUACUCCCAUCGAUCACUACGAAAUUGAAAAACUCGAUCCUCUCACUGGACAGUGGCUUCCGUGCGGCAGAAGCACUGAGCCCGAAGCGAAUAUCGCCGGGCUCCAAGAAGGCAAACCUUACAAAUUUAGAGUCAAAGCGGUCAACAAAGAAGGAGAAUCGGAACCAUUAGAAACCGAAAAAUCUAUCAUCGCUAAGAAUCCCUUCGAUGAACCCAGCAAACCCGGACGUCCUGAUCCCAAAAACUGGGAUAAGGACUUCGUCGAACUGGCCUGGUCUCCUCCAAAGAGUGACGGCGGUGCUCCAAUUGAAAAAUACAUCAUUCAAAUGCACGAUAAAGCCGGACGUGGGUGGGUUGACGCAAACACAGUUCCUGGAGACAGAAAUACCGGAAGAGUCACUAAUGUCGAAGAGGGACACGAGUAUGAGUUCAGAAUUGUGGCAGUUAAUAAGGCUGGACCAAGUGAACCAAGUGAUCCGUCUAAACCAGUCACUGCUAAACCUAGAUUCUUGGCACCACAUAUCGAUCGUAAAAACUUACAAAAGAAGAUUCUACGAACCGGACAGUUACUUCGUAUCGAAGCUGAUAUUAAAGGUGAACCACCACCGGUAGUAACCUGGACCCUGAAAGAGAAAACUAUCAAAAAUACUGACAGGCUUAAGAUCGAAAAUGAAGAGUAUCACACUUCUUUCACUUUACAAAAAGCUAAACGUACUGAUACAGGUGUCUAUACAGUCACAGCUAAAAACGAUUCGGGUGUGGACACCGUCGAUGUAGAAAUCCAAGUUCUGAGCAAACCUUCGAAACCGAAAGGUCCUCUCACAGUAUCCGACGUUAAAGCCGACGGUUGCAAACUCAAAUGGGAACCACCGGAAGAUGACGGCGGUGAACCCGUUAGUGGUUACGUAGUCGAACGUAUGGACACAGACACAGGCAGAUGGAUACCUGUUACCACAACAAAAACACCCGAAGCCGACGUUACUGGUUUAAACGAAGGCAAAGAUUACUUAUUUAGAGUGAAAGCUGUCAACUCUGAGGGUGAAUCAGAGCCAUUAGAAACCGAAGUACCGGUUACAGCUAAGAAUCCCUACACGGAACCAGAUACUCCUGGAAAACCCGAAGUCAAAGACUGGUCCAAAAAUCAUGCCGAUCUCAAAUGGACCCCACCGAAAGAAGAUGGCGGUGCGCCUAUUGAAAAAUACAUUAUUGAAAAGAAAGACCCUGUUACUGGUAAAUGGCAGAAAGCUGUUGAAGUUCCAGGAAACAAGACAGAGGCCAAAGUGCCCGACUUACAAGAAGGACAAAAAUAUCAGUUCCGUGUCAAAGCUGUUAACAAAGGAGGCGAAAGUAAACCUUCCCCACCAUCAGAAACCAUCACAGCCAAAGACAGAUUCGUGCCACCUAAAAUUGACCGCACCUCACUCAGAGAUCUCACCAUCAAAGCGGGACAACAUAUUCGUCUGGACGUCAAAGUAUCCGGAGAACCUCCACCAUCGAAGACCUGGUUCUUAAACAAAGCCCGUAUCGAAAAACGUUCAGACAUCACCGUGGACUCUGAGAACUACAAAACGAAGUUAGUGAUCGCUGUAGCCGAAAGAGGUCACACCGGAACGUUAACUCUCAAAGCCGAGAAUAGUUCAGGAAAAGACGAAGCUAGCAUCGAAAUUAAAGUUGUUGACAAACCUGGUACACCCGAAGGUCCACUCAAAAUCAGUGACGUACACAAAGAGGGAUGCAGCCUCAAAUGGAACCCACCACAAGACGAUGGUGGUGUACCAAUCGAAUACUACGCUGUUGAAAAACUCGAUACUGCUACUGGCCGUUGGGUACCGGCAGGUCGCGCAAAAGAACCCAAGAUCGACCUCAAUAACCUUGAACCUGGUCAGGAAUACAAAUUUAGAGUGUCCGCCGUGAAUGCUGAAGGUGAAUCGGAACCUCUUGUAGCCGAACAGACAAUCGUGGCCAAGAAUCCAUUCGACGAGCCUGGUGCACCGGGAACACCCGAAGUUACUGACUGGGACAAGGAUCACGUCGACUUACGAUGGACUCCACCAACUAAUGAUGGUGGAUCUCCAAUCACCGGAUAUAUUAUCGAAAAACGGGAGAAAGGCUCACCAAAAUGGACAAAAGCUGGAGAAGUUGGUCCUCAAGAUACUAAAGGCACCGCUGACCAUUUAGAUGAAGGUGUCGAAUACGAAUUCAGAGUGAGGGCAGUUAAUGCAGCAGGUCCUGGUGAACCUAGCCAAGCAUCGAAAUCUGUCGUCACCAAGCCUAGAAAAUUGGCUCCCAAAAUUGAUCGCCGCACUCUGCAUAACUUAACUGUGAAGGAGGGCGAACCUAUCUACAUUGACGUUAAAGUCAGUGGUGAACCUGCUCCCGAAGUUGUAUGGUACCAAGACAACAAAACAGUCACACAGACAGCACAUCGUCGUGUCGAAAAUAUUCCGUAUAAUUCCAAGUUCUUUAACGACAAACCCGAACGAAAGGACACUGGAAUUUACAAAAUUGUUGCGUCGAAUAGAUACGGCCAGGACACGGCAGAAAUUGAGAUUACUGUUGUCUCUAAACCCGGACAACCAGAAGGACCUUUGGAAGUUACAGACAUCCACAAAGAUGGUUGCAAUCUCAAAUGGAAGAGACCUAAAGACGACGGUGGCGAACCCAUUGAAGCCUACGUUGUCGAAAAAUUGGACCCAGAAACUGGAAUCUGGUUACCGGUGGGAAAAACAACCGGCGAUGUACCAGAAAUGAAAGUAGAUGGUCUUAUUCCUGGACACGAAUACAAAUUUAGAGUGAAAGCUGUUAACAAAGAGGGCGAAUCUGAACCAUUAGAAACCGCUGGAACCAUCACAGCUAAAGAUCCAUUCACUACGCCAAGUAAACCCGGAGCUCCAGAACCUGUUGACUGGACCGCACAACACGUUGAACUCAAAUGGACUGAGCCUCCAUUCGAUGGUGGUUCUCCGAUAACCGGAUACAUUGUCGAAAUGAAGGACAAAUACAGUCCCUUGUGGGAAAAGGCUUUGGAAACCACAUCAGCAACUCCAACUGCCGUAGUACAUGGUUUGAUUGAAGGAAAUGAAUAUCAGUUCCGUGUAAUUGCUGUCAACAAAGCCGGUCAAAGUCCUGCUUCAGAUUCAAGCAAGAGCUUUAUUGCGAAACCGAGAUUCUUGGCGCCAAGAAUCGACAGGAGACACCUUCACGAUGUCACAAUUUCGGCUGGAUCACCGCUUAAGUUUGAUGCUAACAUCAUUGGUGAGCCUCCACCGACUGUAGAAUGGCGCUUCAAUGGCAUGACCCUCAAAAACAAUAACCGCGUCUUAAUUGAAAACGUAGAUUACAAUACUAAGAUUGCUAUAAGACCAGUCAAUAGAGAUGACACCGGCGAAUACACUGUGACCGCUACAAACUCUUCAGGAAGAGAUACUCACACUAUUAAUGUAACUGUUACCGCUAAACCGUCUCCACCUGAAGGACCCUUACAAGUAUCAGACGUCAAUAAGAACGGCUGCAAACUUAAAUGGAAGCGACCUAAAGAUGAUGGUGGCACCCCCAUCGAAUACUACCAAGUCGAAAAAAUGGAUCCCGAAACUGGAACCUGGGUACCUUGCGGAAGGGCUAACGAACCCAACUUUGAGGUAACCGGUUUGACACCUGGAAAAGAGUACAAAUUCAGAGUUGCUGCUGUAAAUGCAGAAGGAGAAUCUAAACCACUUGAAACCGAACAAGCAAUUCUUGCCAAGAAUCCAUUUGAUGAACCUGGACCACCAGGCCAUCUCAAGGCUACAGACUGGGAUAGAGAUCACGUUGACUUACAAUGGACUCCACCCAAGGACGACGGUGGUUCUCCAAUCACGGGCUACAUUGUCGAAAAGAAAGAUAAAUUCGGGGACUGGGAAAGGGCCUUUGAAGUACCAGCAGAUCAAACUAAGGCCACUGUUGGUGAUUUAAUUGAAGGACAACCUUACGAAUUCCGCGUAAGAGCUGUCAAUGCUGCCGGUCCUGGUGACCCAAGCAACGAAACACCGACCAUUAUCGCCAAACCCAGAAACCAAGCACCUAAAAUCGACCGUACCAAUCUCAUUGAAGUACGCAUUAAGGCAGGUCAACCGUUUAACUUCGACGUCAAGGUAUCAGGCGAACCCAUGCCUACCACUAAAUGGUUGAUCAAAGGGAAAGAAAUUAAAUCUGGCGAUAGAACCAAGGUUCAACACGGCGACUACAACACGAAGAUUUCCGUCCGUAAUGCCACACGCUCCGAAUCUGGCACUUACACGGUGACAGCCGAAAACGUUAACGGAAAAGAUAUCGCUGAAGUAGAAGUGAUAGUUUUGGAUGUACCUAGUCCGCCAGGAGGACCACUCAAAGUAUCCGACGUUCACGCUAACGGUUGCAAACUUAACUGGCGUCCACCUGCCGACGAUGGUGGCCAACCCGUCGAAAGAUACGUGGUUGAAAAGAUGGACGAAGCCACCGGUCGCUGGGUACCGGCUGGAGAAACUGAUGGUCCUGAGACCUCCCUCAAUGUAGACGGCUUAGUUCCAGGCAAAAAAUACAAGUUCAGAGUACGUGCCGUCAACAAGCAAGGCAAAUCUGAGCCGCUCACCACCGCCCAAGCAAUCGAAGCCAAAAAUCCGUUCGACGAACCUGGAAAAACCGGGACACCGGAAAUUACCGACUACGACACCGAUUUCGUCGAGCUCAAAUGGGACCGACCAGAAUCAGAUGGUGGAUCACCGAUCACAGGGUACAUCAUCGAAAAACGCGACAAAUUUAAUCCCAAUUGGGAGAAGUGUGCCGAAGUCGAAGGCGACGUCAAUACCGGAAAGGUUAAUGAUCUCAUUGAAGGAACACCAUACGAGUUCCGCAUUCGCGCUGUAAAUAAAGCUGGUCCUGGAGAACCAAGCGAUGCUUCCAAGACUCACGUGGCGAGACCCAAAAAUCUUGCUCCCAAAAUCGACAGGAACGCCUUACUUGACAUUAAAAUACGCGUUGGUCAAUCCUUCGAAUUCAACGUACCUGUCAUCGGCGAACCGCCACCGAGCAAAACAUGGGCUCUUAAAGAUAAUGACUUAUUUGAAACUGACAGAAUUAAAAUAGUUAACGAAGACUAUAGAACCAUUUUGAAGAUUUCUGACGCGAAACGUGCUGAUAGUGGACCGUAUCAACUAACGGCAAAGAAUAUCAAUGGGAAAGAUGUUGCUACUGUCAACGUCACAGUAUUGGAUGUACCUACUCCGCCUGAGGGACCACUUAAGGCCGACAAUGUCACGAAGAACUCUCUUACGCUUCGCUGGAAGCCACCCAAGGAUGACGGUGGCUCCGAAAUUAGUCACUACACAGUCGAAAAACAAGAUACUGAAACUAUGCGCUGGGUUCCAGUUGGUGAAGCCAUGGGGACAUCCAUGCGAGUACCUAAUCUUACUGAAGGCCAUGACUACAAGUUCCGAGUUUGUGCGGUCAAUAAACAAGGAGAAUCGGCUCCACUAACUACCGCUGAAAGCAUUACCGCUAAAGAUCCCUUCACUAAACCAGACAGGCCUGGCGCACCCACUCCAACAGACUGGGAUAAAGAUCACGUGGAUCUUGAAUGGUCCCCACCACGAAAGGAUGGAGGAUCACCAAUCACUUCAUACAUCAUCGAGAAGAGACCAAAACAUGGCACAUGGGAAAAAGCGGCUGAAGUUCCUGGUAAUCAAACUAAAGGCACCGCUCCCAACUUAACCGAAGGCGAAGAAUACGAAUUUAGAAUAAUCGCCGUCAACAAAGGCGGACAAAGUGAACCUAGUGAAGCGUCCAUCCCUGUUAUUGCCAAACCUAGAUUCCAGGCACCCACAUUCGACAAGACGCUACUUGAAGACAUUACCGUCAAAGCUGGUCAACGCUUCGGGUGGACCAUUCCCAUCGAGGCAUCGCCAAAACCCACCGUUAAGUGGACCGUUAACGGCAAAGAGAUUAAAGCGAACGAGAGAAUUGAUAUUGGUGUUUACAACAAUAAGAUGUCUUACGAUGUGUCGUCUUCUAUUCGGGCAGACGCUGGAAGAUACACCGUAACAUUGACUAAUGACUUAGGAAGCAUUUCUGCGUCCGCAAAUGUCACAGUCCUCGAUAAACCAGGACCACCACAACCUCCACUUAAUGUCAGCAAUGUUACUAAAGAAAGCGCAAGAAUCAAUUGGAAACCACCACUCGACGACGGUGGUUCACCAAUUCUCCACUACAUUGUGGAAAAAAUGGAUGUAUCUAGAGGAACUUGGGCCGAUGCGGGAAUGGCCACGAUUACAUCUCAUGAUAUAACGAGACUGAUUCACCGCAAAGAGUACUACUUUAGAGUUAAGGCGGUGAAUGCCGUUGGGGAAUCUGAACCCCUUGAGACGCCCAAGAGCAUUAUUGCUAAGAACGAAUUCGAUGAACCUAGCGCUCCUGGUAAACCAGCUGUUACCGACUGGGAUAAGGACCAUGUUGAUCUUGAAUGGACACCACCGAAGAAUGACGGUGGUUCUCCACUUACUGGAUAUAUCAUUCAAAAGAAAGAAAAAGGAAGUCCUUACUGGACAAAUGCUGCUCACGUACCUGCUAACAAAAAUACUGCUACAGUACCUGACUUGACCGAGGGACAAGAAUACGAAUUCAGAGUAAUAGCGACCAAUACAGCUGGUCAAAGCGAACCUUCAGAACCUUCUGAUGUUGUAACCGCUAAAGCUAGAUUCUUGGCUCCCAAAAUCAAGACCCCGCUUAACGAUAUUCGUAUCAAAGCCGGACUUAUUCUUCACGUUGAUAUUGACUUUAUUGGUGAACCGUGCCCAGAGGCUACCUGGACUGUUGGAAGCAAAGGGCUUACUGCAGAUGACCGUACCACCGUAACCUCUAUUGGUUACCAUACUGUUAUUCACACGGUUAACGCUAAGCGUUCGGACAGUGGCUUGUAUCAUCUCUUACUCAAGAACAACUCUGGAAUUGAUGAAGGGUCGUUCCAAGUUAUCGUCUUGGAUCGUCCUGGACCUCCACAAGGUCCUCUCGAAUAUGAAGAAGUUACCGCACAAAGCGUUACGCUUUCAUGGAAACCACCUAAAGAUAACGGUGGCAGUGAACUAACUGGCUAUGUAAUCGAAAAGAGAGAUUUGACUCACGGCGGGGGCUGGGUUCCCGCUGUCAGUUACGUUAACCCGAAAUACAACCACGCGGUUGUACCAAGGCUGCUCGAAGGAACCAAAUAUGAGUUUAGGGUAUUUGCUGAGAAUCUUCAAGGACGCUCCGAUCCAUUAGAUACGGACAAACCAAUCGUAGCUAAGAAUCAAUACGAUGUUCCUGGUAAACCCGGAAGGCCGGAACUUGUGGACAGUGAUAAAGACCACAUCAAGAUUAAAUGGUCUGCUCCUAUUAGCAAUGGCGGCUCUCCCAUUAUUGGAUACGACGUCGAAAGGCGGGAUCGUGCAACAGGACGUUGGGUUAAACUCAACAAAGAGCCUACACGCCAUUUGGAAUUCUACGACGACAGGGUACAGGAAGGACAUCAGUAUGAAUACAGGGUAUCAGCUGUUAAUGCCGCUGGAGCUGGUAAACCAAGCGACACAUCUCAUGUAUUCACCGCUAAACCAAUGAAAGAGAAACCAAAAUUGUGGCUCGAUGGAAUUAUCGGGCGUAAGAUCAAGGUGCGCGCUGGAGAACCAAUUAACAUUGAUAUUCCACUGACCGGCGCACCUACUCCUAAGAUCGAAUGGUCGAAGAAUGGAGUAGUUAUACCUGAAACCAACAGAGUCUACACCGAAACAACAAGCGAGCAUACCGCACUCAGAGUCGAAGUUUCGAAUCGUGACGAUGCUGCCAAAUACACCGUCAGAGCCAAGAACGAAUACGGUUCCGACGAAGCCGACAUCGAAGUCAUCGUUGUCGACAAACCUGGAAUUCCCAGAGGACCCCUUAUGUAUACCGAAACCACGCAAGACAGUGUCUCCUUGUCUUGGAACCCACCGCAUGACGAUGGCGGCGGCGAAAUUAGCGGCUAUAUUGUUGAAGUUAGCGAGUUUGGAACCGAUAGUUGGCGUCCAUGCCCUGGCUUCUGCCCACGUCCGUCAUUCACCGUACGCGGACUAACGGAAGGAAAGAAAUACGUCUUCCGCGUCCGUGCCGAAAACAUCUAUGGCGUUUCUGAACCACUUGAAGGUAAACCAGUUGUAGCGAAGAGUCCAUUCGACCCACCAGAUGCGCCAAGUCAACCAGAGGUUACCGGCUACACUCCAUCUUCAUGCUCUCUGAAAUGGAAUCCUCCUACAUCCACCGGUGGUAAACCCAUCACUGGAUAUUACGUUGAAAAGAGAGAACGCGGAGGUGAAUGGAUUAAAGUUAAUAACUAUCCAACCCCGAAUACUCAAUAUACGGUGCAAGACCUGAGAGAAGGUAACAAAUAUGAGUUCCGCGUUAUAGCCGUGAACGAAGCUGGACCUGGCAAACCAAGCAAACCAACCGAACCAAUCACAGCACAACACCAAAGAUUUAAACCCGACGCUCCUGAACCACCAAAACCAGAUCGCAUCACCAAAGACAGCGUUACGUUGUCUUGGAGACCACCACGUAGCGACGGAGGCUCCAAACUCAAGGGUUAUUUGUUGCAAAAGAAAGCCAAGGGUGACGAUGACUGGAGCGACGUUAAUUCUGUUCCUAUAUCCGAGACUGUGUACACGGUGCCGAAAUUGAAAGAAGGAGAAGAAUAUCAAUUCAGGGUAAUCGCUGUUAACGAAGUCGGCAAGUCUGAACCGAGCCGACCGAGCACCAGUAUUCUUAUUGAAGAACAACCCAAUAAACCAUGUAUGGACCUCGGAGGAGUUCGUGAUAUCACCGUACGAGCUGGUGAAGAUUUCAGUAUCCACGUUCCAUAUGUCGGUUUCCCCAAACCCACAGCGUCGUGGUUCUGUAACGACAAAAUUCUUGACGAAUCUGAUACACGCGUAUUCCCGAAAUUGGGCGAUGAUGCUGCUAGCAUUAUUGUUAAGAACUCAAAACGCGGUGACAGUGGACAGUACAGACUGCAACUCAAGAAUCCAUCUGGCUUUGAUACUGCUACCAUUAAUGUUAAAGUACUCGACAGACCGGGCAAACCCGAGAACCUUCGCGCUGACGAAUUUGCAGGAGACGCUCUCACCUUGUACUGGCAACCACCUAAAGACAACGGAGGUUCUGACAUUACAAAUUACAUUGUUGAAAAGAAAGAAGCUAGGUCGCCCACUUGGUCUAAAGUUAGCAGCUACGUCACUGUUCCGUUUAUCCGUAUUCGUAACUUGACGCUUGGAAGAGAGUACGAAUUUAGAGUUAUGGCUGAAAAUCAAUAUGGUCAAUCAGAACCGGCAGUAACCGCUGAACCUAUCCGCGCUAGACAUCCAUUUGAUCCUCCUGGUGCUCCUGGAGCUCCUCGAGGCAUUGAGACCAGUGAAGACUCUAUUACUAUUCAAUGGACCAAACCCAGACACGAUGGAGGAUCUCCAAUUACUGGUUACGUUAUUGAGAAGAGACUGAUUUCGGAAGACAAAUGGACCAAAGCUUCUCAUGCUCUCAUACCAGAUCUUUCCCACAAAGUCAUUAAUUUGAUCGAAAAUCACGAGUACGAAUUCAGAGUGGCGGCUAUUAACGCUGCUGGACAGGGACCAUGGAGUUCUUCAUCCGAUGCUAUUGCUGCAAGAGCACCACCAUCGGCACCAAGAAUAACAUCCGAUUUAAGCAUCCGAGACAUGGUUGUGAUUGCCGGUGAAGAAUUCAAGAUCACAGUACCUUACGUAGCCACUCCUAAACCAAGAGCCUCAUGGACUAUCAACGGAGACGAAGUCUUAUCAGACAGCAGGAUCAAAUUUGAAACUACCGAUAUUGCUUCUAUCUUCACAAACAAAUCAGCGAAGAGAAACGAUAGUGGAAGCUACACUAUCAAACUGACAAAUUCUGAAGGAUCCGACUCUGCCACAUGUAGAGUUUUGGUUGUAGAUAAACCACAACCACCUCAAGGACCUCUCGAUAUUUCUGACAUCACUCCUGACAACUGUUCAUUGGCUUGGCGACCACCAACCGACGAUGGCGGUUCACCCAUCACCAACUACAUUGUCGAAAAACUGGACACCAACGGAAUUUGGGUCAAAGUUAGUAGUUUCGUCCGCAGCACCCACUACGACGUGAUGGGCUUAGAACCAAACAAGAAAUACAGCUUCCGAGUCCGUGCCGAAAACCAGUACGGUAUCAGCGAACCUCUUGAAAGCAGCGACCCGAUCACAGCCAAGUAUCCAUUCACAGUACCUGACGCACCUGGUGCGCCACGUGUCACUGACUGGACCACAAACACCAUCUCCCUGACUUGGGACAGGCCUGCCAACGACGGUGGCUCACGCGUCCAAGGCUACAAACUUGAAUACCGUGAUGUAUCUGACACUCACUGGCAGAGCGCUAGCGAUUACCUCAUCAAGGAAACUCACUUCGAUCUCUACAACAUGAUCAGCGGCCACGAAUACGAGUUCCGCGUGCGCGCCAAGAACGCCGCUGGUUUCAGUAAACCAUCACAAUCGUCGUCUAAAUUCAAACUUAAAGGCAAAUUCAACGUGCCAUCCGCACCUCAAAACCCGAAGGUCGUCAAAGUUGGAAAGAGCUACGUCGACCUUACUUGGGAACCUCCUACGAGCGAUGGUGGCUCUAGAAUUACGGGAUAUAUCAUCGAGAAGCGCGAAAUUGGUAGCCCGAUUUGGCACAAAUGUAACGAUUAUAAUGUUACUGACACUAGCUACACGGUUUUGAAUUUGACCGAAAGGUCAGACUAUGAAUUCAGAAUUUAUGCUGUUAACACUGCUGGCAGAAGUGAACCAAGCGCGUGCACUACUCCUGUUAAAAUUUGUGAAGUUCUUGGAGGUGAGAAACCUGAAUGGAUUCGUACACUUGGCAACCAGACCGCACCUCUUGGCAAAUCGGUGUCCUUGUCGUGUGAAGCGUCCGGUAAACCACAACCUACCUUCCGCUGGUUAAGAAACGGACGCGAAAUUAAAAUCAGUGGAAGAUUCAGAACGGAAAGCAAGGGAGGAGUUGCAUGGUUGCACAUUACUGACCUUCUGGAUAUCGAUGAUGGUGACUACACCUGUGAGGCUAGCAAUUCGUUGGGUUCAGUUACAACAACCGCUCGCUUGAGGAUUGGAACACCUCCACGCAUCGAGCGUCUACCUGGAGACCUGUACCUGGCGGAGAACGACAACACUAAGAUCAAGAUUUACUACUCCGGCGACCAACCCCUGGACGUCACUCUUACCAAGAAUGGACAAAAGAUUGACGAAUCCGCUCACAUCAAAUACACCAUCUUUGACGACUACAUUAUCAUUUUCAUCAAAGGUAUCACUAAAGAUGACGCCGGCACUUACAACCUUACUGUCAAGAACGACAGCGGAAGUGCUUCUGGAAGCUUUACCGUCUACAUUACCGGUCUUCCCGGUCCACCAACCGGACCUCUGGAAGCCAGCGACGUCACUAAACACACGUGCACGCUCAACUGGAAGCCGCCAUCUUACGAUGGUGGUCUACGCAUCACUCACUACGUCGUUGAGAGGAAGGACGUUACCCUCAGCCACUGGAUCACAAUUAACAGCUCCUGCAAAGAUACUACUUUCACUGUCCAAGGGUUAACUGAAGGCCAAGAGUACAUUUUCCGUGUUAUGGCUGUCAACGACAACGGAAUGGGUCCUCCACUCGACGGGGUUAACCCGAUCCGUGCUAAAGCUCCAUUCGACCCACCAUCACCUCCUGGUGUUCCUAAAGUUACGCAAGUCGGUGGCGAUUUCGUCAACCUCGAAUGGGCUAAACCGGAGAGCGACGGAGGUGCUCGCAUACAGGGUUACUGGAUCGACAAACGCGAAGCUGGCAGCAGCACAUGGCAAAGAGUCAACAUUUCAAUUUGUCUACCAACUCAAAUUAAUAUUUCCAAUUUAAUUGAAGGACGCAAAUACGAAUUCAGAGUAUUCGCUCAAAAUAUCGCUGGAAUUUCUGAACCUUCAUCCGCUUCCACUUCCGUGGUCAUCAAGGAUCCACUUGCGGCGACACCACCAGAAAUUGUCAAGCCUCUCAAAAACGCCAACUGCAUACAAAACCACAACGCCCAAUUCCAGUGUACUAUUACUGGCUCGCCGAAACCUACGAUCACUUGGUACAAAGGAGCCCGUGAAAUCGUUAGCGGGUCUAGAUAUACAAUCUAUAGCGAAGAUGAUGUUCACUACUUGACCAUCAAUGACGUGUUUGGUGAAGAUGCUGAUGAGUAUGUCUGCAGAGCCGUUAACAAAGCUGGAGUGAAGUCCACCCGUGCCGAACUUAUUAUUAUGACUGCACCAAAACUCAACAUUCCACCUCGCUUCCGUGAUACCGCAUACUUCGACAAGGGUGAAAACGUUGUUAUCAAGAUUCCGUUCACUGGUCAUCCGAAGCCAAAGAUCACGUGGGUGAGAGAAGGCGAAGUUAUCGAGUCCGGCGGUCACUAUCAUGUAGAAGUCAAGGACAGACACGCCAUUCUCACCAUUCGCGACGGCAGUAAACUGGACAGUGGACCAUACAGAAUCACUGCUGAGAAUAACCUGGGACAAGAUUCCGCUAUUAUCAAGAUUCAAAUUUCUGAUCGUCCAGAUCCUCCACGAUUCCCGGUCGUUGACAAUAUUGGAACGGAUUCAUUGGCUCUGUCCUGGAAGGCACCCGUAUGGGAUGGCGGUAGCAACAUUACUAACUACCUGGUUGAAAGGCGAGAACAUCCUCUAUCGACUUGGAUUAGAGUUGGCAACACGCGGUUAACUACAAUGGCUGUCAGCGGAUUAACACCCGGCCACCAAUACGAAUUUAGAAUUUAUGCCGAAAACAUCUACGGUCGGUCUGACGCUUCUGAAGUAAGCACACUAGUAACGACCAGAGACACCGGAAAGAAAGCUAUACAAAAGAGAAAGUACGAAGUUGACGAAACCGGCAAGAAAAAGAGAGAAUCCCACAAAGAAAACGUCAAAGACUACGAUCAAUACGUUUUCGAUAUUUACUCCAAAUAUGUGCCCCAACCUGUCGAAAUCAAGACCCGAAGUGUUUACGAUGAUUAUGACAUUUUGGAAGAAAUUGGUACCGGAGCAUUCGGCGUUGUACACCGCUGCCGCGAACGCCAGACUGGUAACAUAUUCGCAGCCAAGUUCAUUCCUGUGUCUCACGCCAUGGAGAAGGAACUGAUCCGUAAGGAAAUUGACAUCAUGAACCAGCUCCACCAUCCUAAACUCAUCAACUUACACGACGCCUUUGAAGAUGACGACGAGAUGGUCCUUAUUUACGAAUUCUUGUCAGGAGGAGAAUUAUUCGAACGUAUCACGGCAGAAGGCUACCAAAUGUCAGAAGCUGAGGUCAUCAACUACAUGAGGCAAAUAUGUGAAGCCAUUAAGCACAUGCAUGAAAGAAACAUCAUCCAUCUGGAUAUCAAACCAGAGAACAUCAUGUGCCAGACUCGCAGGAGCACCAACAUCAAACUGAUCGACUUUGGACUUGCCACAAAACUGGAUCCUAAUGAAGUCGUCAAGAUUUCUACCGGAACUGCCGAAUUCGCGGCUCCCGAAAUCGUCGAACGUGAACCGGUUGGUUUCUACACUGAUAUGUGGGCCGUCGGUGUUUUGGCAUACGUGCUGUUGAGCGGUCUGUCACCGUUCGCCGGUGAAAACGACAUCGAAACUUUGAAGAACGUCAAGGCCUGCGAUUGGGACUUCGACGAAGAAGCAUUCGGUCACGUUUCGGACGAAGGCAAAGAUUUCAUCAGACGACUACUACUGAAGAACAAAGAGAAACGUAUGACCGCUGAAGAGUGUCUAAUGCACGCUUGGUUGAGCGGAGACCACAGCAACAGAACACUAGAAAUCGAACAAUCCAAAUACAUCAAGAUCCGCAACAGAAUUCGCGCCAAGUACGACAACUGGGAGUCGUUCAUUCUCCCUCUUGGCAGGUUAUCAGAAUACUCGUCACUGCGUAAACUACUCAUCGACAAAUACAAGAUCCAUGACGCCUUCUUCGAUCGUCGGCAAGCCGCACCUCGAUUCGUCAUCAAACCUCAAAGCGCUUUCUGUUAUGAAGGACAAAGUGUCAAAUUCUACUGUCGGGUUAUUGGUUGCGCUGCAGCGACACUCAGCUGGUACCAUAACAAUGUAGAACUCCGACAGAGCGUCAAGUUCAUGAAGCGCUACGUCGGAGACGACUACUACUUUAUCAUCAACAGGGCUAAGUUACAAGACCGUGGUGAAUACAUAAUAAGAGCCGAAAACCACUACGGAGCUAGAGAAGAAGUGGUCUUCCUCAACGUACAACCUCUUCCAAGAGUUGUUCCGGAUUACAAACCUUCCGAAGCUGAACCCGUACGCAGACGUGAACCACUACCAUACACCUACUGGGCCGAAGAACACGAAUGUGCACCUAGCUUCACCUUCCUUUUGCGUCCUCGCGUUAUGCAAGAAAGGGAUACUUGCAAACUGUUGUGUUGUCUGAGCGGUAAACCAUUCCCUACCGUUAAAUGGUACAAAGACAAACGCGAACUCAGCAAAUAUGAAUAUUCGAUGUCCACUUCCGACGGUGUCAUAACUAUGGAAAUAGUAGGGUGCAGACCAUCAGAUUCCGGGAAAUAUUCCUGCGUGGCUACGAACAUCCACGGACAGGAUGAAACAUCUUGCGUUGUUAUAGUUGAAGGCGACGCCAGUACUGAAGAACAGUCUAGACUAGCACAGAAGUUCCUGUAUUCGGGCGAUAGGAAAUAUAUUGAACAACCGAUCAAACCAGCACCUAUGACUGUUACAAUUAAGAAACCCAUCCCGAGUGUGUCACCACUGAGGAGCAGUUUGAACCAUUCUCCGUCUACCUUGAGUGUAGAUGGCGCCGAGAAACGAGCGCAGAAGAAAUAUGGCAGAUUGGAUUCAACGGGAAGUCCAAAUAGGUCAAGGAGUGCCACCAAAGAGCUCGCAUUACCACCUGACGAUUCAACCAUGUGCGCUCCUAAAUUCACCAAGAACUUGUCGGACCUUACUGUCAACGACGGUGAGAGCUUAACACUGACUGCUCACGUGAUUGGAGACCCAGACCCGCAAAUCGUAUGGUCCAAGAACAACAAAGUUUUGACUUCCUCUGAAGUCGUCGAUUUGAAAUACAAGAACGGAAUUGCCAAGCUCCACAUUAACGAAGUGUACCCUGAAGAUGAAGGAGAAUAUGUUUGUAAAGCCACCAAUUCAGUAGGAACCUCAGAAACUAGAUGCCGUCUCAAGAUCAAACCCAUGUCAAACGCUACUAACGGGAAAAAGAAGGACGGAGAAGACAAAGCCCCGAGGAUCGUGAGCCACCUUCAAUCCGCUUUCGUCAAGGACGGUGAACCCGUUACCUUGUCUUGCCGCAUCAUAGGUGCCAACAAGUUCGACGUCAUCUGGUUGCACAACAACAAGGAAAUCAAGCCUAGCAAAGACUUCCAGUACACUAACGAAGCGAACAUUUACAAGUUGAUCAUCGCCGAGAUCUUCCCUGAGGAUUCUGGUGCCUACACUUGCGAGGCUUUCAAUGACGCAGGAGAGAGCUUCAGCAGUUGCACCCUGAACGUGAUAGUACCCGGCGAGCAGCCCAAGAGCCCCGUGUUCAAAACAUUCCCGGUUUCCGCCACGGUGUCCGAAGGAGAGUCCGCCACCUUCGAAGCAGAGACAGAAGACGACGUGCUACAAAUCAACUGGCUGAAGGACAGCAAACCUAUCAAGGAGAGCAGAACCAAAUACAAGUUCACCGCUGACGGAAAGCGCUAUACCUUGCAGAUUGUGUCCUGCGACUCUAACGACGUCGGUCAAUACCAGGCUAAGGCCAUCGGAAAGAAAGGGGAAACCUUCGCGGCCUUCUCCCUCAACGUUGUUCCACCAGGAGAACUCUAAGAGCUCUGACUACGCUAUUAACGCUAAAUAAACGAACGACUUGCUCCGAGAGAAAAUGUACUUAUGUAUCAUAAUGUUGUGUAUAAAUAAUCUAUUUAUAAGUGUUUUAUAUCACGCGGCGAUCGGAAAGGAGGUGGCCCGGCAUAGCGCCCUCUCCUAAACGUCUCAGCAUCCUCAAUUUAACAUCUACGUGACGACUUUUCGGAUACAGCUCUAUGCCGACUACUUCCUCGACGACUCUCGAAGCAUUACCGCACCGUCAUUAUUAAUUUUUUUUCAUUUCAUUUGCGAAUAGGGAGCAGACUUGUCGAAUUAUUUAACGGUAUGAAAAGAGAAAAUUUUAUUUAGUGUGGAAGUGCUUUUGCCAUCUGUUCAUUAUGCCAUCGUUGUUCAUUAUUUAAGUUUUCAUAAUGCAUUAUCGCUUUUGCAAAGCCGUACCAAAAUUGUAUCAUACUAUGUAAAUUAAAAAUAUAUAAUUUUUAAA